AGGUGGUCUAUGGUUAAUACAAUGAGAUUACUAUUUCAAAUUCAAUUGUCAUUUUACCAAAGCCAAAGAGUAUUAUAAAUUAGCUGAUUUUAUGUAUCAUUACACUUGGAAUUGGAUGAACAUUGAAGAUUAAAAGAUUACAAAACUGAAGUGACAGAACAGUUCCAGCAAAAUGGAGUCUGCAGGCGAUUGGUGUCUUAUUGAAAGUGAUCCCGGUGUAUUCACACAGUUAAUCAAAACAUUUGGUGUUAAAGGAGUACAAGUGGAAGAAAUGUGGUCAAUGGAUGAAGGAGAGGGAGUAUUUGAUAAUUUAAGGCCUGUUCAUGGACUUAUAUUCCUCUUUAAAUAUUUACAACAUGAGGAGCCACCACAUCCGGUCGUGACAGACAAUCGUCUUGAGACAAUAUAUUUUGCUAAACAGGUUAUAAAUAAUGCAUGCGCAACACAAGCUGUUGUGAGCUUAUUACUGAACUGCAGUCAUCCAGAUGUAGAUUUAGGACCGGAACUAACGAAAUUAAAGGAAUUUAGUAUGUCUUUUGAUCCAAGAAUGCGUGGUCUUACCCUAAGCAACUCUCAGACCAUACGCACUGCCCACAAUUCAAUGUCAAACCAGACACUUUUUGAGUUUGAUCAGAAGGCACCAACAAAAGAGGAAGAUGCCUAUCAUUUUAUUGGUUACAUUCCUAUAAAUGGUCGUCUAUAUGAGUUGGAUGGUCUUCGGGAAGGGCCAAUCGACCAUGGGCCAAUAUCGCCUGGACAAGACUGGCUCAAUGUCGUACAUCCUAUUAUAAUGAAGAGAAUUAAUGUCUACACCGAAGGUGAAAUUCAUUUCAACUUGAUGGCUCUCAUAUCAGAUAGGAAAAUGUUAUAUGAGCGACAAAUACAAGAAUUAAUGCGCGAAACUCAAAUUCUCGGUAUGGAAACAGACGAUACUGAAAAGGAAAUCCGUAGAUUGAAAAUGUUGAUCGAAUAUGAAGAUGCAAAAAUGUUGAGAUAUCAUCAGGAAAUGGCCCGUAGGAGACACAAUUACUUGCCGUUUAUCAUAACACUUUUGAAAAUAUUAGCCGAAGAGAAAAAGCUGUUGCCUCUAUAUGAGAAGGCUAAGGAGCGCGCUCUCAAGAAGGGCCAGAAGAAAGUAAGAGUAUAA